UUUUCGUCUGCUCCAUUCCCUUGCUCCUCCAUCCCCGCCACACACUCACACACCCAAACACACUCUCCCUUGCACAACCGCACACUCGCACACACUCCAAACACGCCCUUGCACGCUUGGGUUAGCAUCGCUGGCCAGGUCCCCCUCCCAGCCAGCCACCCACCUACCCUUUUCUCUCUCUUCCUUUGGUUCUCUCCCUCCGCUGGCAUCCCUUUCCCCAUCCUCCCUUCCUAAUUAACCUCCCAAGCUCUGAAGGACAUCGGGGUCUCCUCCUCUGCGCCUCCCCCACCUUUUCCCAGAGAGGAAGAAAGAAGGGAGGAAAGAAAGAAAGAACACAGAGAGAGAAGAAAGAAAGAACAGAAGCGAGAGAGAGGAAAGAAAGAACGAAAAGAAGGGGAGAGAGAAAAAGAGAAAGAACGACUCAAGGAGCACGAAUGGGAUCAAGCCGGAGAGAACCCACCCUCUUUUCUCUUUUUUCGCCACCCGGUCUUUCUUAGGACUUUUGCCAUCGCCGGAUGUGAGAGAUGGCAUCUCGUCUCUAUACGUUGAUAUUGAUGAAGCGGUGCUAUAUAUUGAUAUAGGUUAUUCUGUAUCGGUAUAUAUAUUUUUUUUUUCUCUCUUUUUAUGUCUCUUCUCUUUCUCGGUCAGACCUUGGGUUUUGUCCUUAUCUCCGGAACCGGCAGGAGGAACCCGACUUUUGGAGACAAGUUGACCCUUCAUCCAGGAAAGAAGAGAAGCCAAGAAGGAGGAGGAGGAGAAGGGGCCUGGGUUCGGAUCCCCCUCGCCCUCCUGGGCCUGCUGCCCUUUGCCCCCGGAUGGGGCAGCUAUGGCCGCGCUAGCCAGCUCCCUGAUCCGGCAGAAGCGGGAGAUCCGGGACCCCGUAGCCAGCCGGCCCGUCUCCACCCAAAGGAAGGUCUGCCCACGGGGCACCAAGUCCCUAUGCCAGAAACAGCUGCUCUUCCUCAUCUCCAAAGUCAGGCUGUGCGGGGGGCGAAAGGGCCGGCUGGAGAAGACGCCGGAACCACAGCUGAAAGGCAUCGUGACCAAGCUCUUCUGCCGGCACGGCUAUUACCUCCAAGUCCACCCUGAUGGCACCAUUGACGGGACCAGAGAGGACAACGGUUUCACCCUCUUCAACCUGAUCCCGGUGGGCCUCCGCGUGGUGGCCAUCCAGAGCACCAAAUCGGGGCAGUACAUCGCCAUGAACGCCGAAGGCUAUCUCUAUACCUCUGCCCACUUCACCACCGAGUGCCGCUUCAAGGAGUGCGUCAUUGAGAACUACUACGUGAUGUACUCCUCCACCCUCUACCGCCAGCGGGAGUCCGGCCGCUCCUGGUACCUGGGCAUCAACAAGGACGGGCAGGUCAUGAAGGGCAACCGGGUCAAGAAGACCAAGGCCGCCGCCCACUUCCUGCCCAAGCUCCUGGAAGUGGCCUUGUACCGGGAGCCUUCCCUGCACAACGUGGUGGAGCUGGCCCUGAGCAAGAAGGCCGAGGAGGCGAACCCGUCAGGACCUCCGGGGAAGGAGCCCUCUAAGGCCGAAGCCACGUAGCCCCGUGGCUGGGGAGGGACGCCUCCACCCACCCAAAGCCGCCUCCUCCUCCUCUUCCUCUGCCUCCGGAGGGUGAAUCCUACACAGACGAGCCAUCCUUCCUCAACUCGCCUCGACCCCCUGCCAUCCCACCAGAUGUCUUCUGACUCCUGACUCCUCCAAGGAGUACUUGAGACCACCAAUCAUUUUGCUCUUGACUUGGCUAUUUUGGGGCUGAGAAGAUAUUCAUUGCACCCCAUCCUCCCCCCAACCCCCAUUUCAAGCCAUUGGUGCAAUGUGGCACCUGUCCACUAGGGGGCGACGUAACAAUGCUGCAAACCAUCCCCCCCCCCCCCACCAAAAACUGUGACAAAUUCACUGUGGGUUUUCAAUUCUGAUGUAUCAGAGAUUCUUGCGUCUCUCUUUUUGUCCAAUAUAUAUCUCUAUUAAUGGGCCUAUCUCAGUCCAUGCAAAUGAAACGGUGCAGUAAACAGUAACCGGACACAAAAAAUGUAUAUAAAUGUCCUUUUGACCCCCCAACAAAAAGGGAUGCUGCAUCAACUACUACUACUACUACUACUACUACAGGGAAAAAAAGAUCUUCCGUUUCAUAACCGUUUUUUUUAAAAAAAGAAAUAAAUACUUAUAUGCUAUCCUGUUUUCAGCCACUAGGUGGCAGCAUUCUCCCAUUUGAAACCAUUGUAAAGAAACAUACUUCACUUUUUUUGGAUUUGUGGGUAUUGCAAUGCAGAAUUUUUUUUUCAUGGAGACGGGAAAUAAAUCCAGCUUUGCUUUCACCGGCUCAGGGAGGAAGAGGAUAACCUUUUACAAACUACGGUUCAUCUAGCCUUUCUAGAGUCUGACAAUGUCAAAUUCGGCACCUGGAAAGAACCUCAUUGACUGACCCCACCUUUCCGUCUCUGCCUUGCCCCCAUCUCAGAAAAUAAAUAUAUUGCAAUACC